AUGCUAACGGAUUAUACGCCUCCGCCAUGGUCUGACUUAGACUGCGAAUAUCCCAAAGCGGAAAGUGCUAGAGCAUUUUUAUUAGAAGAAAAAGAAUUUAUAAAUCUCUUCAAUAAACAGAAAUUCAGACCUAGAACCGCUAUUUUAAAAGUACGGUUUAAAUAUCCCCAAAACAUGUUCUUCCAACCGAUACCAGCUAAAGAUAAAAUCAGUUUUACGAACAGGUUCAGAAAUGGUUUAUGCGAUGACGUUUUAACAUCGGUCGAUAUUCAAGAAAUAGUGAAAGCAGGUGGAAGAAUUAUUAGAAUAUUAGAUGGAAUAGUUUACGAAGAAAACUUUAAGACUCCUCCCUAUAGAGAAUACCUUUUAAUUUUGAGAGAUCUAAGAAACAAAUAUAAACGAGAAGGUAAUAUUGUGGUUAGUAAUUGCAUGAAAUUAUUAGGUAAUUCCUUGUACGGUAAAUCAAUUCAGAAGGAUAUAACCACGACGAAACUUCUAUGGAGUGCAACAACUUUAAAAUCCAAUUUCGAUACACACGUCAAAACCUACGAGAAAAUAAAUGAUUCUCAAUACAUCGUUGAGAUAGAAGAAGAAGAAAAAGAAAUAUCUGAAUCUAUAUCUACUAUGCGACUAACCCCAAGUCAUUUGGGAUCAUUCGUAUUAUCUCACAGUAAAAGAAUAAUGAACAAUUUCAUUCACGUUAUAGAUGGGUUUUAUAAACCGGAAAUAUACUAUACCGAUACCGAUAGUCUAUACAUUUCGUCUAACAAUUGGGAUAAAUUAACUAAAGCUGGUUUGGUCUCUGAAAAUGAAUAUUGCAAAGGAAAGAACGAUUACGGUGACGGUGGAAUCAUAUUUGGUUUAUAUUUGGCACCAAAAGUCAAAUACAAUAUCAUUUUGACGUCCGAUGGUGUUUUGAAAGAAAAGAAAACGUUUAAAUGUUAUUCUAAUAAUAAGAUAACCGUAGACGAUUACAUUCGAUUGGCUAGUGGAUAUGAUAUAUCGAAUGAAUUUAAUGAACCAAAAAAGUUUAACCAAUGGUGUGGUUAUUCCAAAUGA